AAAUGAAAUGAAAUAAAAUAAAAGUAUUCAUGUAAUUUAAUUUAAAUUUAUAUUUUAUAAUAAUCAACACUCACUCACCAUUGAUUCAUUCCUCAUAAAUAUGAAAGUUGUAGUAGUGGUGCUAUCACACAUCAAAAUUAUCAUUAACAUUUCCCACUAGAUCUAUCUGUCAUCAUACACUGAAAAAAAAUAAAAAAACGCUAUUUGCACCGAAAGAUUGAACACAAACAACACAACACAACACAACACAAAGUAGCCAUAACCACCGUGAGAGAAAGAAACAACGAAUCUCUCUCAGCUAUGGCAGAAGAUGAAGAAGAUGACGAGAGCUUCGGUGACUUCAAAUUCGCGUCUUUUUCAAAUCAACAAUUCCCUUCUACCUCCGUUCAAAAUAACGGUUGGGGCGGUUUCAAUGGCACCACCACCACCGCCUCAAAACCCUUUGAUCUAUUUACAGUUUCAUCGGAUCCUCUCGCCAAACGUGUAAACGUCACCAACGGUGUCUCCGUUCAAGCAAACAAGGCUCGUGGAGCUAUUCCACUUUCAAUUUUCGGUGAAGAAGAAGAUCAGGAACCUGUUUCUAGUUCUGGUGAUUUUUUCUCCGGUAACGGUGGUGGUGUUGUGAAAAAUGGAUCUGGUUUGAAUGGUGGUGUUGGUGGUGGUGUUGGAAUCAGUGAUUUGAUUUCAAAUUUGUAUCAUCAGAAAACUCAGGUUAGUUCUGUUAAUGGAUCAGUUUCAAUGUCCAAUGUUGAUUCUUCCAAUCGAAGCGACGAUGGAGCGAUGAAGUUGAAUGCGAAUGCGAACGAUUUGAAUCGGGAUGAGGAUGAGGAGGAUGAUGAUGGAUGGGAAUUCAAGUCUGCGGAAUGGGAAAAUGGAAACAGAAGCUUGGAUGCUAAGGUUGAAACGCCAAAGCAUGGUAACAGUGCGGUUGGUGUUUUGCCGGAUUCAUCCGCUGAGAUUUCUAACAAAGUUGAUGACUGGCAGCUGGGAUUUGAGUUUAGUCCAAUUUCUGCAUCUCACAGCCCACUGGCAGGUCCGAAAAGUGAAUCAAAUCAAACUGGAGAUGGGCUUACUAUGUUCAAUCAAACUUUUGGGAAGUUGCCGAAUACACAUUCAUGGCCAGGACCAAAUCAAUCUUUGGAAGCACCAAAAAAGGAUAAUAUAUAUCCUACUCACAAUGGAUCAGUUACGAUUUCCAAUGUUGAUGGUCCCAAUCCAAGCGCUGAUGGACCAAUGAACUCAAACACAAGCGAUUUGAAUCAAGACGAGGACGAUGAUGGAUGGGAAUUCAAGUCUGCGGAAUGGGGAACUGGAAACAAUAACUCAAAUGUUAAGGUUGAAGCGCCAAAGCAUGGUAAUAGUGUGGUUGGUGAAUGGCACCUGGGGUUUGAGUUCAGUCCAAGUUCUGCAGCUCAAAGCUCACAGGCAGGUCCGAAAAGUGAAUCAAAUGAAAGUGGAGCCGGGCUUACUUUGUUCAAUCAAACAUUUGAGAAGGUGACAAAUGCACAUUCAUGGCCUGGAUCGAAUCAAACUUUGGAAGCACCAAAAAAGGAUAAUAUAUAUCCUACUGCUAUAGAAGCACUCAAUGAUGAUGGUGGAGCUUCCGAUAGUACUCUCGACCCAUCUCUUGCAUCAAAAUCUCAUCAAUCUAAUGGGUGGGGCUUUGGCUUUGACUUAAAUACCAGUUCCAUGGUUGAAGAUAGUCUAUUUUCAGAGUCAUACUUCAAAGGCGAUAACAACCACGAUGAAAACAACAAAAGCAAUGCAUCCCCAACCAAUAUGAAUGUUGAUUCAGAUGUCAAUGUGUCUGAAUCAAAGGAUGCAGUCACAGAAAAAGGAAUAAAACAUGAGAAGCCGCUAAUAACUUCAGAGAAUCGUAGGGAAGCCUUACCUCUGUCAAUUUUUGGCGAUGAUAUGCCCGAUACAAAUGAACAUUCUGUGUCGCAAGAUUUGUCUCCCUAUCCACCAGUAUCUCCAACGCAUAACAACCUCAAUAAUCCUGGUUCCAACUUAUCUAUCAAUGACUUGAUAUGGACUUUAUAUAGUCAAACUGAAAACAAAACUUCUCCUAAUGUGACACCAAAAGCAAGUGGAAAUGAGACAUUUGGCUCCCCCGAAUUAUCAGGCUCCAAUUUGGAUAACAGUGAUGAUUUUGAUGAUGACUUUGGGGACUUUAAGGAUGCUUCACCUGAAACCACAUUCACCCAGGAAUCUGCACAAAACACUUCUUUUAAUCAUCCAACAGAAUUCAAUGAGAAUGGGUUGCAGACUUCCCUGAAAGUUUUAAAUUCUGAUUUGAUCAAUGGUAAUGAUGGUUUUGAAGAUGAUUCAUGGGAAUUUAAGGAUGCUAUAUCUAGAACAGGUGGUCAAGAUCAGGCAUCUACUAUAGAUCACAGAGAUUUACUGACACAGUUAUCAACUGAAUUAGAACUGUCAGAUUGUGUGGAGUUUUUUAGCAAUUUGAAGGAUGAAUUGUGCAAUGAGCUCCUAUUCCAUCUUCAGAACCUUAAGAAAGCUCAAGAUGUUGCGGCUCAAUCGGGCGAAGAGGCGAAAGUAAAAGCUCUUGAGGUGGAAAUUCAGGAAUUUUCUGAGAUGCUGCAUCAGCAUCAUAUGAGCGUACCUGUUGAAUAUCUCUCUGAAAAUUAUUCACCGAGAAAUGUGAACUUUGAUGAGCUUCUUAAAGUUUUGAAGGAACCUAAGUUCCUACCUCUUGAAUCAGAAUACCAGCUACCAUCAAGGUUGGCUAUGGCCGAGACGGAUAUAAAAUCUGCUAUGGAACUCUUGAAAGAUGCAGUAUCAACAUUAAGAAUUCUCAAGUUGGGAUCAGGAGAAGAACAAUCUAAUUAUCUUACAAUAUGGUCCAAGAUUGCCUUUGUUUGUUCUCAAGAGCUGAAACACGGUGCUUAUAUCUGGACGGAAGCAGUGAAAAAGAAUGUCCAUGACCAGUUAUUAUCUAUCCCAAAAGGUGUUCAGUAUGUCCAUGCACUUGGAGAAAUUUAUAGAGUGGUAGAAAUUGUUCGAGUUUCGGCCAAACUUCACAAACCAUGGAUGUUGUCUGGUUCUAUAGAUCGUACAAGUUUGUUUGCCCUUUUGGGCGAGUGUAAUAGCCUAUGGUUGGCUUCAGGACUUGAAGAAGCACUUUCUAGUAUAUCAAAUCAUAAUAACUUUGACGUGGAUGGCAUCUCAAGGGAAUUGGUUCAAUCCAUUAAGUACAUUCAUGAGCUUGAUGAGCAUGCACUUCAGAGCCAUGUCAUCUCGGGAGAAGAAACUAUGUGCCAGUUGUCAGCCUUACCUGCUGAUUGCUUACCAGGGCUAAAUUUUGCAACAUGGAACGGGAAGCCCUGCUUCGUCAAGCUCGCAAACUUGUGGCUCAAUCUAAUAAGUUCAGAUCCUCCCAAGUGAUACCCGUUGAUUCAAUUGAGUCUCUUAAAACAAAGGGAUUCUUCCACUAGAUUUUUUGGUGUGUAGUUUAAGGUUUUUACACUAAGAAAAAUCAUUCGGAGAUUGUGUGGCAGGAUCCGUUUUUUUGUUAGUUGGGGUGAGGCGCAUUGGCAGCGGUUGUUAAAGUAAAAGUAGAUCGUUGUCGGAGAUGAAAAUUAUAUGGCUGCACUGCUCUUGGGUCUGAUCAGGCAAAGUCAUGAUUAAGUUAAUUCUUUCUUCAAUAGGUACCAUUCUUUAAGUGGAAGGUUUGGAACAACAGGCGGAUGUUACAGGUGUAAAAUGUAUUACUAGUGAUAACAAAGAAAUAUACUACAUAGAGUAGAAUUCUGGAUAUGAUCCAGUUUUGCAGAGGGAAUAAUGUUUCUUGUCAAAUUAUGUUGUUGUUUGUAAAGCAACCGGGAUUCUUCCCUUAACCAUAUUAUACAAAUGUAUUUUGGCAUGAUUUAAUUUAAAAAAUAAAUUGAUUGAAAUUUGUAA